GUCUAGCUGUCUAGGGUUUUUGUAAAUUGCAAAUCCACAACGAGAGCAUUUGAAAUGCAAAAAUGAAAUUAGCGGGCGGGAGAAAGCGAAAUUUAACAGCAAUUUUUGAAAUUUCAUCCUCGCUUCCCAUUGGUCCAUCACACACCACGCGGAUCGAGCCCUAAUCCAACGGCCCUAACCGCACCUCGCUGAAGCUCACCAGCACCAGCCCCUCUAUAUAAUCGCAAUCUCGCGCUCCCAUUUCACCACCCAACGCAUCCGAAAAAAUCGUUCAACUUCAAUACUCGCAAAGGGCUAAAUCGUCAUUUGCAAUGGAGGCUGCCGCAAAACCAAAGAAGGGCGCCGCGGGAAGGAGGGGCGGCGGUCCCAAGAAGAAGCCGGUCUCUCGCUCCGUCAGAGCCGGCCUGCAGUUUCCGGUCGGAAGAAUUGGCCGUUACUUGAAAAAGGGCCGCUACGCGCAGCGUGUCGGCACUGGUGCGCCGGUGUACAUGGCUGCCGUUCUCGAGUAUUUAGCUGCUGAGGUGCUGGAGUUGGCUGGAAAUGCUGCAAGGGACAACAAGAAGAACAGGAUCAUUCCGAGGCACGUUCUGUUGGCUGUGAGGAACGACGAGGAGCUCGGGAAGUUGUUGCAGGGUGUGACCAUUGCUCAUGGCGGUGUGCUUCCCAACAUCAAUCCGGUUCUCUUGCCUAAGAAGACUGGCUCAGACAAGGCCACUAAGGAGCCGAAGUCGCCGGCCAAGGCCGCGAAAUCACCUAAGAAAGCUGCUGCUUAGUUUUAGGCAGAUUGAGUUCUGCGAAUUUUAUCAAUUGUAUGUGAUUUUUGGCUUGGAAUGGGUUCCUUAGCGUAAUUUAGAGGGCAGAAACAAUGAAGGUUGUAAUUAUAUAGUGCUGUUGAUUUAGAACCCUAUUUUAAUAUGAAUUUAGCUAAUUCAGCCA